AUUCCGCGGGGUUCUUAUACCGGCGCAGGGCUGAGCAGAGACACGGAGUUAUGCGGGCGGGCGAUAGCGUUUCAGACCUCAGUAUCGCCCGAGUCCGUUUUUUACUCUGUUUCUCUUUAGUUUACUUACGCGGUAAGAACUGCAGGGAUCGUAUCUGGACGUAGAGCGGCUCGUUUCUGCGCGCGGAGAGUUUCUCGGAGAACUUUGCUAGCCUUCUAGCUAACCGGCUGCUGGCUAAUGUGCUAACCUAACCUAGCCCUGUAGCUGAGAGAGAGCGAGAGCCCGCCGAUUCUGGUGAACCAGUAAACACUAGCCGCUUUUACCGGUAUAAUCAUGCCGCCGGUAGAGAUCGACGCCGGCCGGGACCAGAUUAAAGCUCGGAUACAGGAGCUGAUUGACACCAACUCGGUCGUGGUGUUUAGUAAAAGCUACUGUCCCUACUGCACGAAGGUAAAAGAGCUAUUUAAUGAUUUGAAUGUGGAAUGUAACAUCAUUGAACUGGAUUUGAUGGAGAAUGGCUCCAACUUCCAGGAUCUGCUGAUGGAGAUGACUGGACAGAAAACCGUCCCUAACGUCUUCGUCAACAAGACCCAUGUCGGUGGCUGUGAUAACACCAUAAAGGCACAUAAAGAUGGCCUGCUCCAGCAGCUGCUGGGAGACAAGAGCGAGGUGUACGAUUAUGACCUGAUUGUCAUAGGAGGAGGCUCCGGAGGCCUGGCCUGCUCAAAGGAAGCAGCAAAUUUGGGGAAGAAGGUCAUGGUUCUGGAUUAUGUUGUCCCCACACCUAAGGGCACUACCUGGGGUCUGGGUGGCACUUGUGUGAACGUAGGCUGUAUUCCAAAGAAAUUAAUGCACCAGACUGCACUAAUGGGUACGGCCUUGCAAGAUGCUCGUAAAUUUGGCUGGGAGUUCAGUGAGCAAGUGAGCCAUAACUGGGAGACAAUGAAGACUGCAGUGAAUAACUACAUUGGUUCUUUGAACUGGGGUUACAGAGUGAGUCUCCGAGACAAGAACGUCAACUAUGUCAACUCUUACGCAGAGUUUGUGGAGCCUCACAAAAUCAAGGCCACAAAUAGGCGUGGUAAGGAGACAUUUCACACAGCAGCCAAAUUUGUGCUGGCGACUGGAGAGCGGCCGCGCUACCUGGGCAUCCCCGGAGAUAAAGAGUACUGCAUCACCAGUGAUGACCUGUUCUCCUUACCCUAUUGUCCUGGUAAGACACUAGUGAUCGGAGCAUCAUACGUUGCUCUUGAGUGCGGCGGGUUCCUGGCUGGUCUGGGGCUAGAUGUCACCAUAAUGGUACGCUCCAUUCUGCUGAGAGGCUUCGACCAGGACAUGGCCAACCGUGCAGGAGACCACAUGGAGACACAUGGGGUCAAAUUCCUCCGGAAAUUUGUUCCUGUUAAGGUGGAAGAGCUUGAAGCUGGUACUCCUGGCAGAUUGAAAGUAACUGCCAAGUCAACAGAAACUGAUGAGAUCUUUGAAGGAGAAUACAACACUGUGUUGAUAGCUGUUGGUCGUGAUGCCUGCACAGAAAAGAUCGGACUUGAUCAGGCUGGUGUGAAGGUCAAUCCAAAGAAUGGGAAGAUCCCAGUAAACGAUGAGGAACAGACCAACAUUCCACACAUCUAUGCUAUCGGAGACAUCCUGGAGGGCAAGUGGGAACUGACACCUGUGGCUAUUCAGGCUGGGAAACUGCUGGCUCGCAGGCUCUAUGCAGGAGCAUCUCUGAAGUGUGACUAUGUGAAUGUUCCCACCACUGUGUUCACCCCAUUGGAGUAUGGCAGCUGUGGUCACCCAGAGGAAAGGGCUGUAGAACUAUAUGGACAGGAAAACCUGGAGGUUUAUCACAGUCUGUUUUGGCCUCUGGAGUACACCAUACCCAAUAGGGACAACAACAGAUGCUACGCAAAGAUAAUUUGCAACAAGUUAGACGAUAACCGUGUGAUUGGUUUCCAUUAUUUGGGCCCCAACGCCGGGGAGGUCACUCAGGGCUUUGGUGCUGCUAUGAAGUGUGGGGUCACCAAGGAACAGCUGGAUAAUACCAUUGGGAUACACCCCACCUGCGCUGAGAUCUUCACCACAAUGGAGGUGACCAAGCGGUCAGGUGGUGACAUCACUCAGGCUGGAUGCUGAGGUUAAACCCUGCUCGUUUAACAGGCUGUCCUAAAACUGUGUAAACUACACUGGUCUCCACCAUCCUUUGACCAGUUUUAUAAGCUCUCUUGCAUUUUCUCUCUCUUUUAAAUAUAUUGGACACCAAAAUAACCAAUUGGCAACUCUUCAAUCUCAAAAAGAGCUUGAAAGUUUGAGUCAUUAGCUUCAAAAUAUAUGUAAAAAAAAAAAAUAAUAAUUAAAGUAGCCUGUGUCCACUCUGUUCUUGAAAAGCCUAUGUCUGAUCUUUUAGAUUUAAGUACACUUAAUUCUUCCUCUCUUGGAGUGAGUGGAUUUAGUGACUGACUCUAGGGGGACUGUCAGACAGUGGCUACUCAGGAUCAGGCUUGGCCCUGCUGCUGAAAAGAGAGAGAGUGAGAAGCAGAACACUAUAGGACAGUCUGUUAAACAGCGGGGUUACUCUGCUGCUCCAAAUCCUCAGAGUCUGAGUCAGAAAUGCACUGGGAGUGGAUGUUUUUCUUUGAAACACACUCAAACUUAUACAAGCAUCCAUACUCUAAGUGCUAUGUGAUGUUUUAGCUCUUAACCUAAAUGCUAAGGUGGGCUAAAGCUGAUGUUCUCUGCUUAGACUAUAAGAGGUAACCAUUUAUCGUCCACACACACUUUCUCCAGUCCAGCAUACUCAAAUGCAGGCUCACAACCAGGGUUUCUACCAGCUCUUUCUCCGAAAUAAUAUAGUGCUGACAGUUAGAUGUUGGUCCUUUUAAUAAAGAUCCAGGACUUGCCUCCUUUUUGUGCAGAUGACCUUUUACCUAUUUGGCGUUAGACGCCAUGUGUGCUACCUUACAAUCUCUGAACCAGAAAAUUCAGACCCAGACUUUUUUUUUUGUGUAAUGAUGAUGUACAUUUCUCUGCCUGUGCGUUACAUCAUUACAUAUACCGCACUUACUCAAUCAUUAUUUCUCAGCACUUAUCACAUUCCAGGCUUGGACUAUUUUAAGAAGCAGUUUUAAGAACAACCAGUAUACAAUAAGGAAAAGAUAGGUCUCAUUCUACCAAAGUUCAAACCAAAUGUGCAUGUAGAUAUAUAUAAAAAAAAACUUGUACAACUCAUAAAAACUUGUAAAAACUCAGUACAUAUUCAGACAUACUAAUAACAGGUAUUUAUAUAUUUAAUCUCCAACACCCCUGGUUUGUGAUGCCUAUCAAUGCACUUGUUUUCUGAUUUGUCACAUGAAUGUUACUAUUUCAGUUUGAGUCAUAAACAAAUGCUGUUUGUAUCUGUUUAAUCUCUCUAUUUACCUGCUUUUUAAAGUAUACAUGUUGUAGACUCUGGUUCCUAUGGACUUUAUUAGGUCUAAGAUCCUGCUGAUGUGCUGUAUGUAUAUACAAACAAGCCUUUGCAAGGGAUCACUGUUUUCUGAGUAAUUGAAAGAACUUUAAUAAAGUUGCGUAAGCUACCUUA